AUGAAAAAUUAUGUAAUAUAUGAAAGAGAUGAAAAAAAAUUACUGUUUGAAAAAUUUGAAAAUGAUAUUAUAAAUUUAUUAAAAAUCCACAAUGUUUUUCUUGUUAUUGGAAAAUUAGAAUUUAUUGAGAUUAUAAAAUUGGUUAUUGUUUUGUAUGAAAAAAAAAUUCAUACUUUAAAUGAAAACGGCAAAAUAUGUUUUACAACUUCUGAUCAUACAUAUUUUAACUAUUAUAAUAUAAUCCCAAAUGAUAUGAAAGAUUUUUUUUUUUUUUUAAAUGAUAAAGAUACACAUUCUAAUAAAAGCAAUAAAAUUACUGUCUUAGAUGAAUCAACACUGUUGCAAAAAAUUUUAUUUGAUCCUAUUUUAAUUGAGUUUAACAUAAUAAUAUUAACAAACAUUCAUAAAAGAUUUUCAAAGACAGAUUUAAUAUUAUCGUUAUUAAAAAAAAUAAUUAUAAAAAGAAGUAAUUUAUAUAUUUUUCUUUUUUCUGAUUUUUUUAUUGAAAAUGUUCUUAACUUUUUUAAUUCUUAUAAUAACCUAAAUAAUUUUAGCCAGGAAUUAUCAAUAAAUAAAAGCAUAAAUAAUGAAGAAACAAUUGAGCAAGAUAUCGUAAAUACAUUAAAAUUUGAAGGGGAAAAAAAAAAGGAAAAUAAUGAAAUAUUCAGAGAUUUCAAAUAUGUAAAAACAAUAAAUAACAAAAAAGAAAGUAAAGUAAGCCAUAAAAAAUAUUUUGAUAAAACAGAUAUGAACAAGAAUAGUGAAAAAUGCAAAAAAAUAAAUUAUAAAAAAUAUGAAAAAGAAAAAAACUUUCAUAAAAGAAGUGACUAUACAUAUAUAAAAAAGAGUAGUGGAGAACACAAAAAUAUAAUUGAAGAGGAAGUAAAGAAAAAAAAUGAACUAAAAAAAAGUAAUUGGGAAUAUUCAAAAGAUCAUAUAUAUAUAAAAAAAAAAGCAAAUAAUAAAAAGGAUUAUGAUAAUAUAGAAACAAAUAAUCAACAAAAACAAAAACAUUUUUUUAUAAAAAAUGUGAAACUUAAUGAUUUAAUAGAUAAGAAAAAUUAUUAUAUAAAUAGUAGAAGUAACACCUUAUCAAGUAAUGAAGAAAAAGAAAAGAAAAAAAAAUAUACUUAUUUAGAUGGUAAAAAUUAUAUUUCAUCUGAUUCACAUAUAAAUGAACAAUGGAAAUUGAAAAAAGGUGAAGAGAAAGAAGAAGAAGAAGAAGAAGAAGAAAAAAAAAAAAAAAAAACAUUAAAUUGCCUGUUUGCUGAUUCAGUUAAUCAUUCCCUAAUAUAUAAUUAUAAAGAUCAUUGUGAAGAAAAUGAAUUAAAAGCUUUAGAAAAUGAAAAAAAUGAGAUUGAUAAAUUAAAUGAAUGGAAAGAAUUUAUGGAGGAGCUAGAAAAGGUUAAUAAUAUUAUAAGCAUAUUUGUUUUUCAUAUAUCUAAUAAUAUUAUUUAUAAUAAUAAAAGGAAAGAUAACAGAACAAGUGAUAUAGAGAAUAACAAAAUUUAUUAUUUGAAAGAAAGAUGUUCAAAUUAUUUAGAAAUCAGUAUUAAGUUAAUCAAAAAAUUAUUUGAAAAUAAAAAAACUAGGGAGAAUAUAUUAAUAAUCUUAAAUAACGACUAUGAAAUAGAAAUAGUUAAAAAUGGAUUGCAAAACAAAAAUAUAUCAAGUAAUCAUAUUGAAAUAAUAAAAGAUAUAUAUACAUAUGAUUUUGAUUUGAAUGCAUUAAAUAAUAAAAUUAUAAUUCUGAAAGAUAUGUUAUUUUAUAAAAAAUUAAAAAACAUAAAAUAUAUAAUAGAUACUUGUUAUAUGAAGGAUGAAAUUUACGAUUACGAUCUUAAUAUAACUCAUAAAUAUACUGUAUUAAGUAAUAAAAAUAAAUGUGAGGAAAGAAGUUUUAUUUCAAAUAAUUCUACUUGUUUUCGACUAAUAACAAUUAAUGAUUAUCUUAACUCAUUGAAUGAAUGCCCCAUACCUGAAAUAUUAAGAAAAGAUAUUUUUUAUAAUAUAUUUUUUUUAAAGACUGUAGGAGUAAAAAAUAUAUGCUCUUUUGACUUUGUUACUUCACCAUUAUUAAAAUCAUUAAAAAGAUGCUUCGAGUUAUUUUAUAUUUUAAAAUUAAUGGAUAUUAAUGGAAAUAUAAUUGAUAAAAAACUAAGUUUAUUAAUUUGUUAUUUGCCAUUAAAAUUUAAGUAUAGUAUAUUUUUAGUAAAUAGUAUAAAAUAUAAAUGUGUCUACGAAGUUUCUAUUAUUAUAAGUAUGUUGAUUAAUGAACCUAUAUUUUCAUUCAAUCAUAAGAAUGUAAAUAGAUUAAAAAUAAUGAGAUUAUCUUUAAUGGCAGAGGAAAGUGAUAUUUUAAGUUAUUAUAAUAUAUUUCAAAAUUUUGAUAAAGCAAAAAAUAAAAAAAACUUUUGUUAUGAUCAUUUUUUAGUUUAUAAUUCCAUUAAAAAAGCUACUGAUUUUUUUAAUAAACUAAAGAAUAUAUUGAAUUGCUUUGGUAUAGAAAUGGAAAAGUCAAAUAAUAUAGAAUAUAUAUUUAAAGCUAAAAUAUCUUCCUUUUUUUAUAAUGUUUCAAAAAUAGUAGAUGAUAAAAAUUACAAAUUAUUAAAUCAAAAAAGUGACAAUAAAUUAUUUUCUCUUCAUCCAUUAUCUAUUUUAAAUGAAACAGAAUACAAAAAAAGAAAAUUUAUUGUAUAUACAGAUGCAUAUUCUAAUAAUGAAUCACAAAUUUUUAUUAAAAAUGUGUCCAUCAUUGAUCCUAUCUGGUUAACUGAUGUAUAUCCUUCUUAUUUUUUUAACAAACAUAUUAAAAACAUAGAAGAAAUAAAAUAA